ACCUGUAUGUUUAUCAGUGUGCAAUGAGCUGCCAUGAUUGUACAAGAAUUUCACAGGCCGGUGUGGGAUUUACAGAGUGUCCUCAAUAUCACUGAUUAUUUUAUAAACAUAUGUCGUUAGGAUGUCCGUCAUAUUGCGACGACAGUGUAACUGUUUGUCUUGAAGGAACUGGACGAUACCCGCGGCUACCCAUGUAUGAACCGUGCCUAAUCUGUCUACGAUGACGUCACCAUGUAAACUUUUAUUUCCCGUCUGUGAAGAAGGUGCUCUGAUUAUAGAGAAUUCAUUUACGUGGUCACAAAACAAGAGAUGAAGUAGUCUGACUGUAGUGAAUCUGUGAGGUCAGAGGUCACCGUAUAACUUUAACUAGCUGUGGUAUAAAGACAUGGGAGGGAGCAGUUUGAUUGUAGUUCACCUGUUUACGCGGUCAUCCCGUUUACUCUAGGAAUCCAAGGAUAGCCCGGUGAACGACCUUUGCCAGUGACUGGCUAUGGACAUUUAUGGUCUGAAACCUAGCAUCAGUCUUACUAUGUUGCUAUAAACCAACUUUGAAGAUGGCAGCCGCCAAAUACCAGUCUACAAACUUUGCCCGGAUUACCAGGUUGGUCUUUGAUGUCAUCCCUGACUUAUUCCAAGAUUUGCUCAUCGCUCGACUGGCACCAUCAGGACUCGCUCAUGCACUUACUAACCAGAAAGAUCAGGUCUUCCCCUUGUUGAAUGGACAACAAAAGAAGAUUCUGUAUCCUCAGGGUGGGCUGUUUCAAGGUUCUGUGAAGGAUUUGGACACAUCACUUCUAUUCAACCUACUUAGAAACCUUGGAAAUAUUCCACCUCAUCAGAAUGGUUGGGGGAAGGUACCGGAUAAAGCAGACAGAUCACUGUCUGCCAACAUCGACCGACUACGUAUGCAACGCAAUGAGGUUGUACAUGCACCCAAUGCCUCCCUUUCUGAUGGAGAGUUUCAGGCAAGGUGGGACAUCAUCCGCCAAAGUGUGGAGGAAAUACAAAACAGUGAACUGAAUACAGGGCGGUUUGUGGUGGCAGUGGAUACUACAUUUACCAUGAGGAUGGACCCCAGUACAGAAAAGAAUUUUAUAACACUUACAGCGCAGAUCGAAGACGAAUCUGAAGAAAGCAUGGUGGCAAAGAAAUUAAGAUAUGAAAACGGUAUGCAGAAGAAAAUAAAAACUCAAACUAUCAAGUUGACAUUUAUUGGUCAUGCUGGAGCCGGAAAGACUUGCUUGAUGAGGCAGCUGUUAAGAAAACAUAUAAAAAAAGAUGUCAGGGAUCCUACUAAUGCAGCAGAACUACUGACAAAACGAUUACAAUAUCAUCUCAAAUCCAAGGAAAGAAAAAAGAUUGGGAGAGGAAAGGAUGCAGAACUGUGCCGAAUACGGAUGAGAAGACUCCAGAAGAACUAUAGAGAUGAUAAUAUUACUGUAAAUCCACCUUUAAAUGAGGAUUCAAAUACCAGCGGCAGGGAUCCCAAGUUGUCAGCUUUGAUAGGACAAAGAGAUGAUCCUGAAAUGGAAAGGACAGAAGAAUCACAAUAUAGAAUAACAGAAGAAGCAAUUACAAAAGACCAAAAAGAAGAUAUAGAUAACAUCAUGAAGGAAGGGGAUAGUUUAGAUGACUCAUCUAUGGCCUAUGUGACUCUAUUUGACUUCGGAGGGGACAAAGUAUUCCACAACUCCCAUCACUGUAUUAUGUCGGCUAAUAGCAUUUACCUGCUAGUGUUCGAUGUUUCCGAAUGGGAAAAGCCAGAAAAGCAAGAAAGCAUCACUGAUGAAAUAGUACACUGGCUCAAUUCAGUUGCCACAUACGCAAAGGAUGAAUCUGCCAAAAAAAAAGGCGUACCACCAGUUAUCUUGGUCGGGUCUCAUAUGGACAAAGUUACAACAGACGAAGAAAAUAUAUUGGACAAAAUAUAUGAAAAACUUGACAAGUAUCAGGUCAUCAAAGACAUCAGAGAUGAUCACGUAGUGGAGUGUAUCUUCAUUAGAGAACUGAACAACAGUGACAAGAACAAAGAUAAAUAUGAAGAAUUAUGGAGCCUGAUAGAGGAGUCUGUUGAUGGACAAGCUUGCUGGCAUGAUGAAAUUCCGGGAUCUUGGCUAGCAUUGGAAGAAAAGAUCAUGCUGAAUAAGGAACAGGGAAAAAAGUUCAUGAAGCUUGAGGAAAUAAUUAACCUAAACAAACAGCUAUUGGUACAGCUUGGUGAAGAUGAACUGGUCCCUUUCCUUCGGUACGAAAAAUAUAUGCAUCAUGCUGCAAGUAUAUUCUGCUUUGAAAUUAUGGGAAAAGAGGAUUCUGAACGUCUCAAUGAAGAGGAUAAACAGAUAAAUGCCAUAUUAGACCCAAACUGGAUAGUGAAAGCAUUUGCUUUGAUCAUUACAGAUGAAAAAUUUGUAAAGAAAAGGGGUGUUACGCUACAGAAAUGGAAAUCUUUUAGAAAAAUAGGGAAACUUACAGUUGAGUUGCUAAAGCUCUGCUGGGCUGAUUUCUGCAACCCUGAUGAACGCCGGGUAUUGAGCUCUGUUAUGGAACAUCUAGGUCUUAUUACAGAACAAAAGCUGGCAGAUCCUCAAUAUUCACAAACUGUUCCAGAACCAUAUAUCGUACCUUGUCUAUUGGAAGAGGCGAAACAUGACAGCAUUAAGUCUGUAUUAGAUCCUGAAUAUAUCAGAUCUUCUAGAACUUUGUGCAUAGUAUUUGAAAACCCAUUUGUUCCACAGGCUAUUUGGGACAAAACCAUCUCGGCAUGUAUCGGUAAGUUUAGCCCUUGCUUUUACCAAGCUGGAUCCAAAAGAACCACAUUUGAACCACAGAGGGGUUUAGUCUGUGGAAAGUUAAAUAAAAUUUGGGACUUUGUUCUCCAUUGCAAAGGAGCAACUCUCAAACUAACCAUGUUCAAUGAUGUAUCGCAUGAUGUGCAACAAGGAAUUGGACAAGGCCUUCGGCUUUCUAUUGAAGAUAUUAUUAACAAUAUUCUGUCAAUGAACAACCAGAAACAUCGAAAGUACAGUCACUUUCUUCAUAAUGACUAUUGGGUUUCUGACAACGAGCUGGACAUCAAGAAGGCUGACAAGGACUCAUUGAUGCAUCACGGUCAUUUUGAAGUUUCCAAUGAAACGGGCGACAUCAGGACAAAACUGACAAAGGACGAUUGCUUGGUAUGGUUUAGAGACACUGACAAGGUACUUACCGCACAGAGGUUCAGUGACAUAGCCAAGGUGAAGAAAAUUCAUGUCGACAUGGUGCAAUCACUAUCUUCAUGGAUAUAUCCAGGACCUGGUGGUAAAUGGGAGAACUUUCAAAACCAAAUGACAAUGCAUCUGGGAUACGACAAAGUGUAUGGUGAAAAAGAAAACAGUAUAUUUAAAAUUUGCCAGUGUCUGAUGGAUCGGCAUGACAUUGGUUAUGGUGAAUACACUGUACUGCGAGCAGCGUUCAUAGACAUUGGCAGAGGUCAAGCAGCUAAAGUUAUCGACGAGGCUUUGAUAGAAAUGGAAUCCCUUCGAUGACAACAGAGGAAAUAAAGGUUUCCCGUCUACCCUAUAUCACUAGUAUGUGAUGCUUACUUGAAAUACACUUUCAUUAACUUAUCAACCUGUGAGAAAAUGUGUCUUAGUAUAUCGGAUCAGUGACACACAAAGUUGGAUUUGAGUUCAAGCAGCUGAAGUUAUCGACAAAGCUAUGAACAGUUUGGACCCCCUACGAUCUACAUCAGAGAUGGCCUACAUUCACAAGGGAGUUAUAUGCGCCCUGGAUUCAGGAUGGAACUUUUCAACUCGCCGACUCCUGCAACACGGACUUAAAUGGACUUACACUGACUUCUGAGUGAUACCUCCCAGCGACUGGCUGUGAUUCGUCUGUACAUCAGACAAGUUUACAAACCUUGAUACCUAGUAAGGAGUUCAUUUCUAAGAGAACUUUUGUUCUUAUGGAUACCCUGUAAUCAAGGAAACCUAAACGAACCCCCGUUAACCAAUGCAAACCAAUCUGUUGAUGAACAGAAACUCUAUACAGACUGGUUACUCGCAUUAAAGUAAAGAACAAGAGAUUUUGAAAAGUGGUAUGUACCAUAAUAAUGUUGUAACGACCAGUGUGUUCAGUGAAAAGGAAGUGACAUUGAAAUCUACCUCAGGCUGAAAAUAGGCCUUUUAGACUUUUUUAAACCUAACCCAACAAAAGAAGGUUAUUCAUUAAAAAACAAUGCAAUGUAGUUGUUUGUAUAAGAUGCCUUCAAACUCCAAUCAAUGCCAAAUGUCUUACAAUUACACCUGUCAAUUUUAACCGCUGUCUGUUCACAGCUGAAAACUUAGUUCCUCUGCAAUAGGAUAUGUGAUUUUAAGCUCACUUUGCCCGAAAGGUAAAGUGAGCUACAUUUACUUUGGCGCAACGUCCAGCGUCCGUCUGGCGUCAGCUAUUUUUUUAAACGACUCCUCUUCAAUAACUAAAUAGCAGAAGGUGAUGGUAUAUUUUGCCAUUGGCAUGCUUGGAUGAAGUACUACCAAGUUUGACAAAUUUCCAAGGUCACGUGGGUCAAAUAUGUUAAAACAUGUGAACAACUUUUUUUCUGAAUAACCAACAGGCCAAGAGUGAUGAUAUGUGGCCAGUAGCCCACGGGGAUAAAGGAUUUGUUCAAAUGAAUGAUCUUGAUAUUUCAUCCUCGGGCCAAGUAGACAAUUACUAAUAUGACAUUAAAACCAGGUGAGUGAUUCAGGUCCAUUUGGCAUCUUGCUUGAAAUUCCUAAUGUAGAGCUACUAGGUUGCAGUACUGUUAAUAUUGAUGAUUUUGGAAGGGGUUUUGAUAAGAUAUGUUGAUAUGUAGGAAAUGGGACUAUUCAAAAACAGUAAUGAAUGCUGUUCAUGUAGAAAAAUGCACACUGAACUUUGCAUCCUUUGUAUCCAAAUAGAGAAAUGUAUAUGUAUAUGUCUAUUAAUGUUUUACAUGAUUUUUUUGUCCAAGAUGUUGUCAUACAUGGGGGUUAUCAUAUUGAUACCAUGAGUUAUUUUUUUGCUAUACAUAUGCUGUCUUUUUGUCAGGACCAGAACAUAAAUGCAAAAUCAGUUGCAAUUACUGAUGUUUUUUACUUUCUUGGUUAUAGAGAAUCUUUAACCAAAUAAAUUCCAUAAUAUUUACAAACUUCCAUUUUUAAAAGUACACUGCAUAUUAAGAAAUGUGAAUAGAAAUUCCAAAGAGAAACUUGGAUUGAAAGUACAGGUAACCGAUAGAGCAAUGGUUCCAGCAGACAGUUUGCUAUAUAUAGUGGCCCUAAAGAACCGACUUUUGUUGUUAUGAAUGAUACUGAAGAUGUAUGUGAACUGGUUUUGGUUUGUUAGUUUUUUACACCCCAUUUACAUCUAUGGUCAUUUAAGAACAUGCCAAAUUUUGUUGCUGGAGUGCCCAGUGCAAACCACCCACCUGCAUCCAGUACCUGGUGACUGGCCCACGUUGCCCUCGGAUUCGUGACAAAGUUGUGGAGGGCUAGUGGUCAUAGACGGUCAGACGCCUUAACUACUCGACCACAGCAGCCCCCAUGCAUGUGACAAUUCGAAAAAUGUGCACAAUUUUUAGUGCCUCUCCCCUUGUCCCAUGCUUCCUAAUAAUAAUGAAUAUAUUCACAAUUUCCAUUAUCAAAUAGAACACUUGUGCAUUAGAUUUGAUGUAGUUUCUUCUUGUUGAUGAUGUACAUUUUAUAAAUAUGUUUUACUUUGCUUAUAUGUUAUAUCUUUGGUUUGCUUAUUGAAAUUUAUUACUUCUCGCAAUACUUAAUUAUGUUAUUUUAGAUAAGAUCUGCAUUUCCUGUUAUGCUAAGAAAUGAUUAUAUUCGAUCUCAGUAUAUUAUAUUUCAUUUUUAGAUACAGUGGGUAAACUUCCUUUAUAUGUGUGAUUAUGCCGUGGUGCAGGGUCCGUGGUCCGUCCAGAGCCAACUUUUUAAUUUAAACAACUUAAGGUGAUGAUAUUUGGCCAGUAGCAUGCUGGGAUGAAGGGCUAUCAAAUGUGUUGAAACGAGUGACCUUUGGCCAUAUUUGAGGUCACAGGGGUCAAAUAUGUUAAAAAAAUUUAAACAAACUUCUUCUGAAUAACCAGAAGGCCCGGGAUGAUGACAUUUGGCCAGUAACAUGCUGGGAUGAAAGGGCUACUAAUUUUAUUCGAAUGAACGACCUUCACUUAUAUUCAAAAGGUCACAGGGGUAAAACAAGUUUACAACCUUUUAUAAUGACUUCUUCUGAAUAACC